CAAAGAAUUUAGUAACUCUGCGAACAACGAAAUGAACAACGCUCGAGCCGCAAUCGUCGCUGGCCUUUUUCUGCUGGGCAUCUGCGCCGUAGAUGCAGACCCGCUGGAUGGCCGCAUUGUGGGCGGCGUGGAUACCUCCAACUACUUUGCCAAAUAUGUGGUACAGCUGCGCAAACGCAGCUCCACCAACAGCGCCUAUGCGCAGUCCUGCGGCGGAUGCGUUCUCGACAGCCGCACAAUUGUGACCGCUGCCCAUUGCGUGUACAACCGGCAGGCGGAGAACUUCAUGGUGGUGGCCGGGACCGAGAACCGGGCUGGAAUGGACGGCGUGGUGGUGCGCGUGGAGAAACUCAUUCCUCACGAGAACUACAAUGCCACCACAACGGAUAACGACAUUGCUCUGGUGAUCGUCUCUCCGCCGCUGCCCCUGACGGAUGCCAGCAGGAUUGAAGCGAUUGCAGCAGCCACAGAGCAGCCGCCAGUGGGCGCAGUGGCCAGUGUCAGCGGCUGGGGCUACACCCAAGAGGGUGGCCUGUCCUCCAACAAGCUGAAGCAGGUGCAGGUUCCGCUCGUGGACAGCGUCCAGUGCCAGGAGACCUACUACUGGCGACCCAUCAGCGAGGCAAUGCUCUGUGCCGGACUGCCCGAGGGCGGGAAGGAUGCCUGCCAGGGGGACUCGGGUGGCCCGCUGGUCGUCGACAAUCGGCUCGUGGGCAUCGUGUCCUGGGGCAAUGGCUGUGCCCGGCCCAACACUCCCGGUGUCUAUGCGAAUGUGGCCCACUUCAAGGACUGGAUCGCCAAGCAGCGGGCAACGUAUGCGUAGGCAAGGGGUUCCAGGCUGCGAUCUCUGUUUCCAUAUUCGCACUAAAACAUUUCAAUAAAUAAAACUAUAAUUUAAUUAAUUAA